UUUACAUAAAUCCCCUUCCAAUCUUCCCAAAGCCCUAAUUCCCCAAUCCCUAAUUUCCCUCCCAUCUUCUUCACCUCAAAUCCGACCUCCGAGGGGAGAGAAGGGACAACAAUGGCGGCAAGGGAGCCUGACCCCAACCUUGGCUUCCUCACCAAGAGGGACACAGAGGUCAAGCUUCCCCGUCCCACGCAGGUGAAGAACAAGACGCCGGCGCCCAUCCAGAUCACCGCCGAGCAGAUCCUCCGGGAGGCUCGCGAGCGCCAGGAACCCGACAUACGGCCGCCCAAGCAGAAGAUCACUGACCAUACAGAGCUCUCCGACUACCGCCUCCGCCGCCGCAAGGAGUUUGAGGACCUCAUCCGCCGCGUCCGCUGGAAUACCUCCGUCUGGGUCAAGUAUGCCUCAUGGGAGGAAACGCAGCAGGACUUGGCCCGCACUCGCUCCGUCUGGGAGCGUGCCCUUGAGGUCGAUUAUCGAAAUCACACCCUCUGGCUCAAGUAUGCGGAGUUUGAGAUGAGGAAUCGCUGCGUCAACCACGCACGCAAUGUCUGGGAUCGCGCCGUCACUCUCCUUCCCCGCGUUGAUCAACUUUGGUACAAGUAUAUACAUAUGGAGGAGAUGCUCCGGAACAUUGCUGGUGCCCGCCAGGUGUUCGAGCGAUGGAUGGACUGGCAGCCUGACAUGCAAGGGUGGCUCUCCUACAUCAAGUUUGAGCUCCGGUAUGGAGUGGGCGUUCUGAUCUCCGGCGAGAUGCAACACCGACGAGCGCUUCCCCGUUGGUACCAUGCCUUCCUUUAGUCCUUUUAUCACCACAUGAAAGAAAUCUAUUUUGAUUUUCAUGUAUAGUUGCGUUUAAUAUUUUUAUUUUCUAAUUCAAGAAGUUCAUCAAAGUGUUGUGUGCCAUUUGUAGAUUUACUGAGUUUUUUAUUAGAUUUUCCCAGUGGACGGUGCCAAAUCUAUAAAAUCUAUAAGUUUGUUUUCUGGUA